AUGGCCGCGAAGAAGGGGUUCGAAGAAUUCGAGCCCUUGUUCGGCAAAGCAGUGGCGGAGUUGGACACGGGACCCUUUGCCGCAGGGAGCGUUUUCCAUCGGCCAUUCCUCUUCUACGCGCGAGCCCUGGAUCCUUACCGCAUCGACGUAGUGGUCACCGAUUUCUGCUCCCACACCUUGGAUCGUGUGCUCACCUCCCAGGACAUCGAAGACAUGGUUCUACUUUAUAUCCUCUCUCUUUUUUUCUGGUGCUUGAAAGUUGGCGAGGUUUGCAGUGUGCAUAGUUUGGCAGAUGAGGAUCGAACCGUUCGGACAAGCAUCCUUUAUUUAUUUCGAGGCAUUAAGCUCCGUUCUGUCUCUUGUGUGGUCCGACUCUUCCACUAGAGGAUUCUCUGACUUCACUAUUUAUCCCACAGAGAGAUGAAACCGGAGUGGGCAGCUCCUGCUCUGAGUUCCUCGAUUAUCUAAUCGCAUCAUUGUCCUCAGACGACGUGAGACUGGUGUUUGGAGGUACAAUAAAUCGAUACUUGGAAUAUUUGGAAUAUAUCUAUACGUCGUCUGGUGUCCUCAGACGACGUGAGACAUGAUUACUGUCUCGCGCUCUUGAUAAAUUUAUAUUUGGAAUAUUUUAUUGUUUUGAUAUUUGAAUUCAAUCGACUCCAAGAUUUAUUUAAAGAGAAAAAAAAUAAUGUAUGUACUGUUGCUGCAGUAAGUGCUUGCAAGAAAUUGUUAGAGGACUUAGAGUCGAUAGUAUAUCCUCAAUUAAUACGCAGACAAACGAUCAGGUCAUUUACCCAUUACUCAAUUCCAUGCAACAUCGCCGGGUUAAUUGGGCCAUAAAGACUGUAACAUUGAUACUUUAAAGAGCUUGUAAUGAUAUAAAGAAUUACUAUGAGGUGAGGACAGGAAUAAAUAAAUCACAUGGAACGCAAGGUGAACACUGCAAGUAGGACAUGCUAUGAAAGCUGCAUAAGAAUCUACGUUACGAUAAGGUGAAGGGAGAGAAUGAGAAUUGAGAAAGGCAAUUGCGUUAUAAAAAUAUGAGUUAAAAAACGGUAAUCUAAUUUUUUUCACUACCAGAAACAGAAGAAAAUUGGACUACCCAGAUCGCAUUAUGCCUUCAUUACACGUCCAGGGAUGAGCAAAGUUUUGAAAGGAUGUGUUCUCCCAGGAAGAAUAUAUUCUGCUUGCAGUUUCAAAUUUAAUUGAAGCCAACGUUUCGAAUCUUAGGGUUUUAGAUUUGGGAAUUCCUAUAGUGGAGAUAUUCAUAAUUAAGCAACAUAUCAAACAUCAGUGUUCUCUACAACCUGUCCUAUAGUUCUAUUGAGUGGAGCGGAAUUCAGGAGAACUUAAUUGAAGAUGAAAUAAUUUGUAAAAAAAAUAAAUCAGCCUCUGGAAUGGAUAUGACACCAAAGAAAUCUUUGUUUAUGUCCUAUAACUGUACCCCAGAGUCUCAUCUUCUUUAUCCCUGGGCAUUGUCCUUAUCAACAGAUCUCAUGGGAUACGAGUCCACUUUUCGUUUUCCAUAUUAUACUUUCCUUAAGUUCACAAAAUUUCAGUGUGGUUUCUCGAGUUAAGAAUAAUCGCUUAUCAGUUUUUGUCAACUCAACUUGGUAGUUUCUAUCAUUACAGGUGGCUCAACCGCAAAGCUGGUUGCUCACAAGUCCAAGGGAAUGCCACACAUAUCCAUUUCUCUGCAAAAGCUUGCUGGCUUAUCAUCUAAUGAUGUUAUGGGAAAUCUUUCGUUAACACUGUACAGAAAUUUGAAGGAAAAGCGUGGAGAACUCGCCAAAGGUUGUUUAUUGACUUCAUUGUUCUUAAGUUGUCCCCUACGUGAUAAGCUGGUCCAGAUCAUUUGCGUGAAUACUCAUAUUAUUUGUACGAAUACUCAUAUUACUUGUAAGAAUGUUCAAUGAUUGCAAUGUAAACGCACAUUCAAACAGAUGCAAAUGUGGAUACUCGGCCAGCAAACUCCAUUAUUGUUAGGUCAAACUCCGUGUUAUUUAUAUUUUAACUUAUAAUUUUGAUGUGGAUACCAAGCAUAUAUUAGAAUUUUAUGCUAAUUAGCGAUAGUUUAAUUUGUAUUACAUAAUUUGAUAUUAAUACAUUAAUAAUGACUGUUUCAUGCUAGUUUUUUUCUUAACAUAAUAUACUGGGUUAUGCUCUUUGCAAACAAUUGAAGUAAACGAUCAAAUUUUGUAAUUUUUGUAUUAGAAUACCUGUGCAUAUUUUAUUUUAAAUAAAUUCUAUAUUUAUUCUUGUUUUAAUUAUCCUGAUGCAGUCCGUUAUAUGUUUAAUACUUCUAAUUCUGCUGCGGGCUUUCAGAAUGUUGGCGACGCAUAGAGUUGGAAAAAUCAUUGGCUGCUGAAAAGGUAGAUACCCUAUUAAAAUUUCCUUAGUAUUUGUUUACUGAUAUGGGCCAGCUGUUUGUGUUUGCAUUUGAUAGCCAUUUAUAUUAGUAUGUUUUGGUUAACAAACCUCUGGAUUUCAUUGGGUGUGAUUGUUACCUGGUUAUUACUGCAUUGGAUCAUUUUUUAUUUCUGCUGAUGACAUCUUCCAUAUAUUGUUUAGAUUAGAUUAGAUUAGAUGUGUGAAUGUUUACUUUGUCUCAGUAUCCUUGUUAAUAGUUGAAUAAGACUAUGCUCGAGGACUAAGAAUUUUGGCGUUUUAGUCGUAUUGCUACGAGUUCACCUUCCAUAAGGCCAUUGGCUGUAGCCUGAGGAGGGAAAGGAGAGCGUUGUUGCAACAUUAAUAAUAGCAACAGAAGUAAAAGAAAAAAAGAACGAGAUUUGGGAAGAAACCUGCUCCCCUACACCUGCUGCUUGUGGGAUUCCUCACUGCGUAAAUUGGAUUCAUCCCUAGUAUUUUUUCCACAAUCCUGUCUCCAAUUCCUGCAAAAAUCCUCUGGAUUUGAUUUUCGGGAUUUUUCUUGCAUUGAUGUGGUGGAAAUAAUUUCUUGGAAAAUAAGGUGGCUUUAAUUUCGUUGUUCCUCCUCUAAUGGGCCCGACUUUAAUAAUUGUCCAUAGUUUGUGAAUCAUUAGAGUUGGCUAGUUUUUGUAUAAAGGGAUACCCUGGAAGCAAUAUGAAUACUUGUAGAAAUUAUGAUGAUGAUAGAGAUAUUGUACGGUGGUCGUUUCUAGCGCAUGAUAAAAUUUUACUUGCUCAUUAUUUUUUAUUUUGACUAUUUUAAUGCGUAUAAUGCUCUGCAUAUUUGCAAUGAAAAUUGCGUAACUUAUUUAAUUUUAUUUAUCAGGAAAAGAGUGAAUAUUUGCAGAGGCAACUUGACUCGCUCUCUUUCAAACGGAAGGUGUCCCGUCCUAAAUUAUCAGAUAAUGCCGUCUCUGUGACUGGAGUCAGUGAUAUAGAUGCGACAGUUAAUUCCGAGGCCCAGGGACCUUCAGGUUAGAUCUUCUAUUCUAUAUUGUAAGAGAUUGGAGCGUAGACUGUACAUGUGCUAAGGAAACUGGCGAAAAUCUACUAUGGAAUUUGUAUUACUGUUCUAUGAAUCUAGAACAUGGAGUGAUAACGAAUUAAAAGAACUGCAUCCUUGUGUUCAAAAUCCGUGAACAAUUAAGUAAAUCAGAAAAUGAGUGUUCUGAUGAUAAUAAAAUAACUGUAUCGGUUGUGCUGAUGUAGAUGUUAAUUUGUCGGUGUAACCCUUUUGAAGAAUUGGACGCCUCAUAAAACUUUUCUUCUCAGAAAAGCAGUCCUUUCAAAGUUUCACUGAUGAUGGAAAACGAAAAGAAGGUAUACAUCUUAUCAAAUCAAACCGAUGACAUUGGAACGUUGCUCAUAGAAAGUUGUAGGCACCAUGGAUCAUUAGGAGGUUAAAAAUGAAACUGUACACACAGCGGCCCAUUAACAGAGCCCUCAAAGAUGUACACCAGAAGGCUGUCCUUGCUUCAUCUGUUAGUCUCCUGGUCGUAUCUUUCUUUUCAUUUGUUGUACUGCUUUCCUUAUCUUUAAAUCAAAGCUAGAUCCUUCAUUAUUAGACAUGCCGUUUCCUACGACUGAGGAUUUCUUUUUUUAGAAAACUCUUUGACUAUAUGAUUUCACCAAUGCAGAAAGACUCAUUGAGAGAGAUUCUCCAUCAACGAAGAUGAGUCAACGAGCUGCCCCCGCACAUCGCAGGUAGCCAUGUUUAUCUAACACGGUUGCUGGUCCAAUGUUCUAUGUUUCUAUUAUAUUCUUUAUCAUUUUCUUUUAUUUUAUUGACUGGGCUACAUAUUCUGCUCUUGACGUUUCUUUUACAGGGCCAAAGUGCGAGGUGCUCUCUUGCUAGACUGUGACGAUAUUGAUGAUAGCUGA